AUGAGCAACUCCCAGGACUUCGAGGAACCAAGGCUCCUUCCUGCCCUGCUUGACCACCGCGCAGCACGCCACCCAGACCAAGUAUGGGCCAAGUUCCCUGUCUCGCCAACCUCCUACGAACAGGGAUUCAGGGAAGCAACCUACUCACAGGUGCGCAAUGCCGUGAAUUUCAUGGCAUGGCUCCUUGAAGCAACCAUUGGGAAAAGCCCAUUAUUCGAUACCCUCGCAUAUAUGGGUCCCGGCGAUAUUCGGUACCAUAUCAUUCUCCUAGCAGCUGUCAAGACGGGGUACAAGUCAUUUUUCCCUUCUCCCAGAAACAGCAUUGCGGCUCAGAAGCAUCUUCUCUCGCGCUUGGAAGCACGCGUCUUGGUGACCACCGAUCCCGAGCCACCGUUUGUUUCGAGCAUCGUAUGCGAAUACCCAAUCAAGGUCAUCCGUAUCCCAUCUUUGAAUGAUCUUCUCUCGAGUGAGGAUGCUCCUGCGUACCCAUAUGAAAAGUCAUUUGAAGCAGCCCGGAACGAGCCUGCCUUUGUCCUGCACACUUCUGGGUCUACAGGCAUUCCGAAGCCUUUGAUCUAUACCCACGAGUUUGUCUGGCGAAUCUAUGCAGCCAACACCCUGCCCGCUCCCGAUGGCAUGACGCGCAUCGAUCAAUACUUUUUACAAGGAGAGUGGUUCUCCUUCCUUCCGGCUUUCCAUAUUGCUGGUAUUGGUUUCGGGAUGGUCCUAGCAAUAUACAGCAGGAGCGUCCCGGUCUUGCCUCUUCCUGGCCGUCCCCCAUCGACAGAUGCAUUCCUGGAGGCCGUCAAAUACGGCAAGUUCGACUGGGCGUUCCUCGUCCCUGUCAUCCUCGAUGACCUCAGCAAAGAUCCGGCUGCCCUCGACCUCGUCGCUAGCAAGCUCCAGUAUCUCUUCUACACGGGCGGUGCCCUCCCAUCAACCGUCGGCAAGAUAGUUUCAUCCAAAGUCCCCGUAUUCUCGGGGCUGGGCUCAAGUGAAUUCGCUGCUCUGCCUCAGCUGCGGAUCGCCGAUUCCUCCUUCACGGAGACCUGGCAGUAUCUCUACAUCCACCCAACCGCGCAGCCGGAGUUCCGGCAGCGCAUGGACGACCUGCACGAGCUUGUCCUCGUGAGAUCAACCCAAAAUCCCGAGGCACAGCCUGUCUUUGCAAUGUUCACAGACCUCGACGAGUACGAGACAAGGGACUUGUUUAGCCCCCACCCGACACUUCCAAACCUCUGGAGACACCGCGGUCGCCGUGACGAUAUUGUUGUAUUUCUAAACGGCGAGAAGACGAACCCGGUGACAUUUGAGCAGCAGGUUUCACGGUAUCCGGAUGUCCGGUCUGCGCUUGUUGCCGGCAAUCAGCGCUUCGAGGCCUGUUUGUUGAUCGAGCCCGCGACUACGGAGGCCUUGGGCGACGCGGCAAAAGCCGAGCUAAUCGAGGCGAUCUGGCCAGCUGUUGAAGAGGCUAAUGCUCAGUGUCCAGCACACGCACGAGUGUCAAGAUCCAAGAUCCUGGUUCUGGAUGCAGCAAAACCCAUGCUGAGGGCUGGGAAGGGCACCGUGCAGCGCGCGGGAACUAUCCAGCUCUACCAAGAUGAAAUUAACGCUCUUUACGAGGAGAGGCAGACACAGGACCCUCCCAAGAAGAAACUCAGUAGCCUGCAGGAUGCAUCUCAGAUUUUACGGACACUUGUUGUGGAAGUGACUUCCUGGAGCGAGUUCGAGAAUGACGCCGAUUUCUUCACAUUGGGCAUGGACUCAUUGCAGGCAUUGCGUCUUGCUGCUGCCAUCCGGUCUAGCCUCGGUGUAAUUCUCCCGCCAAGCGCCAUAUAUGCGAGCGCGUCAGUGAAUCAAUUAGCGAACAUGGUCUACUCCGAAACUCCUGCACCCAACGGGGAUGAUCGCAUGAUUAGCAUGUCACGCCUGCUCCAGAGUUACGAGCAACAAAUUGACCAACUCGCUUCUGUCCAAAAGCCUGCGGAUAUAGCAGGGCAAGCCGUCCCUGUUCCACAGGUUAUCAUCCUGACAGGCUCGACAGGUACCGUGGGGUCAUUCCUCCUCGAAUAUCUCCUAGCUGAUCCAGGGAUUUCGCACAUCUACUGUCUUAACCGGGCUCGUCCUCAGGAUGAGGACCCCAGGUCCUCUCAAGCCGCGAGCAACAAGCAAAAGAAACUCACUCACGCUCUCUGCGAGGAGAGAGUCACCUUUCUUACAGCAGACCUAUGCAAAGACAGGCUUGGUCUCGAUUCUGACGACUACAACGUCCUGGUUAGCUCCGCAACGCAAAUUAUUCACGUCGCCUGGCCAGUGAACUUCAUUCAACCGUUGCAAUACUUUCAGUCGAGCCUUGUCGGACUGCUGAACCUGAUAAUUCUCACGCGGAAUGGAAGAUGCCGUCCACCUCUCCUGUUCCUAUCCUCCAUCGCCGCCGUCAGCUCAUACAAUGCCCUGCCUGGCGCAGCCGCGUGGAUUCCCGAGGAAAUCAUCACCGACCCGUUUUGUACAGCAGCCAUGGGCUACGGGGAAAGCAAGUAUCUCGCCGAGCGGAUCCUAGACUACGCGUCCCGGAAACUCUCUAUCCCCGUCGCGGUUGCGCGCAUCGGUCAACUCUCCGGGACUGCCACCGAUCCGCGUGGUUGGAAUAAGGCUGAAUGGGUGCCUAGCUUGAUCGUUAGCUCGCUCUAUCUGGGGGCCUUGCCUGCCUCAUUUGGGGGCGGCAAAGGGCAGUUUGAUGAGAUCGACUGGAUCCCCGUGGAUAUCCUUGCGCCGAUCUUGGUUGAACUUUCAAUUGCCACUGCUACUGGAGAUCUCCGCAGGCACGCAAUUGAAGGGAGCCCCGGGGGGGCUCGGGUCUUCCACUGCGUGAAUCCGCGUCGUGUCGACUGGAAGGAUUUGAUUCCCGUCGUUGUAGAAGAGUUGCAGAGAAGCAGUCGAAAUGCGCAAACCGGGAAAGUCAGCGUAGUUUCUUUACAAGAAUGGGUUGGGGAAUUACAGGCUUUGAUUUCUUCUGAGCGAGUGCGAGAUGACAUUGACCGGAAUCCUGCGGUCAAGCUGGUGGGGUUCUACGAGCAGCUACUGACGGAUGCCGGUCGAGUCGACACCCCGAAUGUGGCGCGGCUUUCGACUGAUAGGACUGCAGUAAUUAGCAAGGGGUUGAGGGAGCUUCAGGCAAUUCGUCCUGAGUGGUUGCGCGGCUGGAUCAGGGAGUGGCUGGAUUAG